AUGGCGCAAACCGAUGGAGCCCAUGUCUUGGCGAAUUCGCUCAAACAUCAGGUAAUAUUUUUAAAAUUUUGAGUUUGUUAUACUUGGCUUUUGUACUGGUAAUGAGUAUUGAUUUUUACUGAAAAAAAUUCGAAAAAUUUAUAUUUUUUUUGAUUUUUUUUGGUUUUAUUUUUAAAAAAAAUAUUUUGUUAUGUUUUCUGUAUGAUCUUUGAUUGAUUUUUCUUAUACUUUGAUGUCUUUUUUGCUAUAAAUGGCAUGAACUUUCUUUACAAAACAUAAAAUUGCGAUAAUUUUCGCUCUGUAAUCGCAAGAACUUUCUUGACAAAACGUAGAAUGGCAAGAAUUUUCUUUACAAUGCAAAAAACCGCAAGAACUUUCUUUACAAAACAUAAAAUGGCAAUAACUUUCUUUACUGAACAUAAAAUAGCAAAAACUUUCUUUACAAAACAUAAAAUGGCAAGAACUUUUUUACAAAUAAAAAAACGGCAAAAAUUUACUUUAGAAGGUAAAAAAUAGCAAGUAUAUUACUCUAGAGUUACAUUUUAUUUAAUUUUGUAUUAGUAUAUUUAACUUUUUAAGUUUUUUUUUAAAUUUAAAAAUUUUUUAAGACAUCGAAGAACCGCAAAUUGUUAUUGUCUGAGUCCUACACUUUUACGAAUUUGAAACGAUUUAAAUUAGAACACACACAAUUUUAAUGUGUUUGAUCGCUUUACAACAAAUUAAAGACACUUUUUCUUAUUUUUAAAACUUUUAAAACACGUUUUUCUUAAUAAUCGAGCGCUUUUUAUCCCUGAGUCGACAUAAAAAAAAUCGAUGUCUCCAAAUUUUUUGAAAUUUUGAAAAUUUGCCCGUUGUAUCAAAGCAAACAAAGUUGCUUAAACAAGUUUUUCCAAAAUUACCGUAUUCGAGGUUACGGUAAUGUCGGUCGAUUUUUUGUAACUCAAAAACCAGACAUCGUACAAACCCGAGGUUUUUACUAUAUUACUCAGCAUUAAAAAAUACGUAUUUUAUAUUAUGACAACAUUUUUGCUGCACUAGUGCAUCAGUGCAAAAAAAUUGAAAAAGUAUGCACAGCUACAGUAAUCCGGCUGUAACUCAAAAACUAUAUUUUAUUUACCCUAAUUUUUAUUUCAUAUCAUCAAUCUACUAUUUAUUGCGGUUAAAAUGAACCUAUGCACAUGUGCUAACCCCUAAUUUUUAGGGGUCAAAUGUGCAUUCAAAGUUCGCACACCUACUUUUUUAGUGAAAAUAUCAAUAUAUAUUACAUUUUUAUUAAAUUUGUGUCAUAACAAUACAAAUAACGUUUCAACUUACACCGACAUUACCGUAACCUCGAAUACGGUAAUUUUGGAAAAACUUGUUUAAGCAACUUUGUUUGCUUUGCUACAAAGAGCAAAAUUUGAAAAUUUCAAGAAAUUUGGAGACAUCGAUUUUUUUUAUGUCGACCAGGCGUCUCGAGCCUUACAAAAAACGUGUUUUAAAUUAGCUUUUCUUAUUUAAUAACCAAAAUUGUCAAAAUUAAAAACAAUAAAAAAUUCAAAAAAUAAAAAAAAAUUUAUUUUUAGACAUUAAGAGAUUUAAAACUAAUAAAAAUGCUUUUAGGGUAUUGAGUACGUCUAUGGAAUCGUAGGAGUACCAGUAGUCGAGGUUGGGUUGGCAUGUCAAGAAGUUGGAAUCAAAUAUAUUGGGUGUAGAAAUGAACAAGCGGUAAGUUGCGGAUGGUCAUAAAAUAAGGGCCCACUUAGCCUAGGCCAAAAAAAAGUUGUAAAAUGCCAAACAGAGGCUAAAAAAAAGUGUUUGAAAAUGCUUUGAGCCGACCCAAAAAAUUAAAACGAGCCGGACUAUGCCUGGUCGUACGGCCCCGAGGGCCGAUUUUUGAAUGAAGGCUUCGGUGUCAUGCGGGCUCAAGGGCCGGGGCCAAAACCAAGGUUUCAAAGCUCUAGCUUACAUUGUUAGGUUCUGCAACAAAUGAUUUGACUUGAAACGAAAAGUAUAUAAGAAGUUUGAAAUCUAUCAGAUUUGGGCAGGUCAGGCACUUUCUUUAUAAAAAAUUUUAAAAAAUUAAGAAACAUUUUUUAUGAUGAAAAAUAGGUUCAAAACAAUAUAAAACAAGAUGAUUUGUGAUAUGAAUGUUGCUUUUUUCUUCGCAACUAGAGUUCAUUAAAACCGUCGAUUGUCAAUUGUAAUUCAGCGAUAAAUCAAUCAAAAAGUAACAAAACUGUUCUAACUUUUUUGUUUUUACUGUUUUUAAGAUAAACAAGUACAAUACUGAUAAAAUAAGUUUUAUACAAUACAGUACACUCUUUAUAUAAGCAACCCGAAGGAACCGACAUUUUGUGUUUAAUAUAAGGGGUGUUGUCUUUACAGAGAGACUUUUUAAUGCAAAAUGGCUUGGCAGGGCCAAAUUUCUUGUUUACUAUAAGGAGAGUUGCUUAUACACAUAAUUCAUUAUAUAGACUGUACUAUAAAAUAAAGCUUUGUAUUAUAUUAUUUUCAAAUUUCUAAAGAUUUUAAAAAAAUUAUUACCCCUAACAGCCCUUUAAUGAAAAAAAUUUCUAGGCUUGCUAUGCAGCCCAAGCCAUGGGCUAUCUAACCGGAAAGCCAGCCGUUUGCCUUACAGUCUCCGGCCCUGGUGUUCUUCACGCUCUAGGCGGUAUGGCCAAUGCCAAACUCAACUGUUGGCCACUUAUUGUAAUCGGUGGUUCAUCGGAUAUUGAGUUAGACAAUCGAGGAGCUUUCCAAGAAUGGCCACAACUAGAAGCAGCACGUCCAUAUUGUAAACACGCGUCUAGACCUACAACAGUUCAGGCCAUUCCACAACAUGUGGAGAAGGCGGUCAGAACGUCGAUAUAUGGGCGGCCUGGGGCGGUUUAUAUUGAUAUUCCUGGAAAUAUUGUGUUGGAGAAUGUUCCUGAGGAUAGCAUUGUGUAAGUUGGGGUUUGAACUUACUCUUGCCUUAGUUUUGCCAUAGUUUUGCCCUAGCCUUCCUCUAGCCUUGUCUUAGGCUUAGCCGCAGCGUUAGCCUUAGCCUUGUCUUAGCCUUGCCUUAGCCUUGCCUUGGCCUUGCUUUAGCCUUGCCUCGGCCUUGCUUUAGACUUGCCCACACCUUGUUCUAGCCUAGCUUUAGCUCUAGACUUAUACCUAGCUCUAGCCUUAAUCCAAAGCAAGCCUUAGCUCUUUCUUCAACCUAGCUUUACUUUACCAUUGACUUUAGUCUUAGUCUUGGCCUUCGCCCUAGUCUCAGCUUUUAUUUAACAUUUUUAAAUUUUUUCAGAGAACCUUCAUCCUGCCCCUUGUAUUCUCCAGUAUCUCGGCCUCCAGAUUCGGCCAUCAGUCACGCUUUGGAUGUUUUGAAAACCGCUCAGAAGCCGUUGGUUAUUGUAGGAAAAGGCACUCAAUGGAGUGAACGUGGCUGUACUCAAUUGAGGCAAUUCAUCCAUGCUACUCAACUACCAUAUCUGAAUACGCCUGGAGGCAAAGGAGCACUGCCUGACGAACAUGAACAAAGUGUCGCUGCUGCUAGAUCAUAGUGGGUUUUUAAUAUUUUUUUGAAGCAAAAAUAAAAAAAAUUAUAUUUAAAAAAUUUUUUUGAAAUUUUUAAAGUUUUUAAAAAAUAAAAAAUUCUAUUUCAGUGCUCUAAAAGAAGCUGAUGUUGUAUUGCUAGUCGGUGCCCGAUUAAACUGGAUUUUGCACUUUGGAGCUCCACCUCGAUUCCAAAAGAAUGUCAGGAUAAUCUACAUUGAUAUCGCGGCCGAGGAAUUUCAUCAGAAUGUCAAAACUGAAGUUCCACUACUUGGCGACAUUGGAGAGACAAUCGAAGCGGUAGGCUUAACUUUCGUAAAAAAUUAGAAGAUUUAGGGCUAAUACUUACUAUAAAGUGGCAUUGGAAAAGUAUUAAAACUGCCUUAUCAAAACUAAUAAUAACCUUAUUUUUAGCUGAAGCACAACCUAGGAGGAUGGAAAUUCGACCGCAAGUCCUCAUGGUACAAAACCCUGGUCGAGAAGAGCCGAAGCAACACUGAAGUUGUGAACAAAAUGGCCGCCGACAAUACCGUACCCCUCAAUUACUACGCCGCCUACGAACCAAUUCGUGAUUUUGUCCGAAAAAACAAAGUGAUCAUAGUGAAUGAAGGGGCCAAUACAAUGGAUAUUGGCCGCUCUAUGUUACCUAAUCAAGAGACCAAGACUCGACUGGACGCUGGUACUUUUGGUACUAUGGGAAUUGGCUUGGGCUUUGCAUUGGCAGCCGGCUUCUACUGUAGAGAUUAUGCCCCAGAUACCAAAGUGUUGUGUAUUCAAGGUGACAGUGCCUUUGGCUUCUCGGGAAUGGAGUUUGAAACGAUUGCACGCUACAAACUACCAGUCAUUUGUGUCAUUAUCAACAACAAUGCCAUAGCCUCAGGCAUGGGCAAAGACGUCUUCGAUGCCAGCAAAGGCAAUGACCCCACCUUAGCAUUGCCUGUUAUGGCAUUGUCAUACGAAUGUGCCUACGAGAAGAUGGGCCCGGCUUUAGGAGGAAAAGGUUAUCUGGCUAGGACCAAAACCGAGAUCAGCCGAGCGUUGAAAGAAGCGAUAGCUGAGAGAGAAACACCAAGCUUGAUCAAUGUUCAUAUCCAGCCAGAUGCCGGCCGCAAACAGCAAGAGUUCAGCUGGCUGACCCGCUCCAAAAUGUAG